UUGCUGGACUUAUUUAUUACUGAAAUUUUAAUUUCUUAUUACAUAUUAUCUAUAAUUUAAUUGAUAACUUAUCAACUGAAAUAAAUUGCGAAUUUAUCGCAAUCGUAUUUACCACGCCUCCGUUUUAAUAAGUAGUUCAAUAACAGCUGUUAUAGUGAUCGAACGUAUAAGAAAGUUUCUAUAGAUAAGAUUAAGUUUAUUUACGUGCUGAUAAUAACUGAUAUUAAAGUGUCCGGUAUGUCGGUGUUAAAUAAUUUCACAGUGUCCAUAGCUAAAGGAUUGCGCCGCUUAAGAAAAAAGGAAUUAUGCGACACAAUACCAGAUCGGCGGCAACACGAUUCAAAAGACCAACGGCUGAUGAUGGAGAAGUGCCUCAUAGUGUCCAAAGUCACCAGAUACGAAUAUGAAAAGCACAGCCACGACAAUAUAUCCGAUUCAGAAUUAGAAAGAAUCCUGCGCAAACGCGGCUCCGACUUCGACUCGAUGAUAACCAACCAUAGAGAGCAGAAGGCGUUUGAGGAAAAUGUCGCCAAGAGUCUCAAAAACAUGGGCCUAAAGGUGGAAAUGGCUAGCCGAUUAACAUACAACGAAGAAUUAAUAAAUUGGUGCGAUGUGGUGGUGCCGUGCGGUGGGGAUGGGACAUUUUUACUGGCUGCUUCUAGGGUUAGAGACGCCAAUAAACCAGUGAUAGGCUUCAACAGCGCACCGCACAAGUCUGUCGGCCGGCUUUGCUUGCCCACGUGGUGUUCGAACGACGUUAAGGGCGCGCUACACGCGUUGAAAGAGGGUAGAUUCCGCUGGAUGCGUCGUUCACGAAUACGCACCACUAUAACUAGCGAGCCGAAACUGUUGGACACUAUAACACCCGUGGAUCUGCACACUUUGCACUAUUGUAGAUACCCACCCGUAUCAAAUCAAGAAGACGGACAAGACACAAACGCGCGGUGUACAGACGGACAAACAGACGAAACGAGCUUGGCCACUAAAGUAUUGCCGUUUUUGGCUUUAAAUGAGGUAUUCAUAGGUGAAAGUGUAACAUCAAGAGUGUCACUACUUCGACUAAAAAUAGACAACGGCAAAUGGACGCACACAAAAAGUUCCGGCUUGUGUGUGACCACAGGUACCGGUAGUACCUCUUGGCAUUACAGUAUAAACUGUCUCCGUACACAUUCAGUGUUGGAACUUAUGAAAAUAUUGCAAGACGAAUAUAACAUAAGUUUGGACACGUCUUUGGAAAAAGCGCGGGAAGUUACAGAGAAAUAUAAUCAGAAGUUAAUGUUCCCGCCUGAUUCAGAACAGCUAGCCUAUUCAGUACGUGAAUACAUAACGUUCGAAGAGUGGCCCACACCGCGGGGGUUGCGGGUUCGAGACCGGGCGGAGACUGUGUGCGUGAGGUCGCAUUGUACUGACGCGGGUUUAGUAAUAGACGGUAGCGUCUCAUUUCCAUUCAACGACGGAACUCAAGCGCAUUUGGAAAUACAUCCAGAAGAUUCGCUCAUGACUGUUUGUAUGGAUGAUACACAGCCUUAUUCGACUUAAAUAUAUAAAUGAGAUGUAAAAUAAUAUCAAACAAAAAAAAAUAUUGAGCUGUCUAAAUAUUGUUAAGUCUAUGUGAUGUUGUAAUGUCCCGUCUGAUUAAAUAAAUAAAUAAUUAUACUGAGCUGUCUAAA